AUGUCUAUAAUUGGUCGUGCAUGGCAGCGCCUUGUCAGAUCUCGUUACUUCGUAGGCACCGACCUUGAAGGCAAUAGAUUUUUUGAGUACCCCAGUUCUACGGAUGAUCCCCGGCGUACAAAGCGACGAGUGGAGUACAAGCAGUACACGGACAUGUGGCAAUACAUUGGUCGUCAACGAAGUCUGCCAGUGCAGUGGACAGCCUGGCUCUCACAUACGCGUGCAGACCCGCCCUCUAUUCAGGAACUACAACGUGACAUGUUCCGCCGACAACGUCUACAACACAAUGUGGCGCAGAUAGAAGCUCGAGAUGCGGCGGAGGCUGCACGUAUAGCCGAGGCCAGAAGAAUGGACAUGCUUGCCGCGCCAGGUUCAGCACAAAGUCAAGCAGAUAUGCCCCCUUCAAUACCGAAUUCAGCUGUGCACGCGACUGCCAUGACACCCGGAACAGCACCCUCCGCGCAUAACCCCGGGACACUACCACACCCAGGGUCCACCGUAGAAAACGUACAUGUUCCACCCCCGCAUGCGGUUGGCCCCGGGGCGUCUAUGGAGACACGCGAACCGGAGAAGAUCGUUCAGAGCGGUGUUGCGAACACACCGGAGCCUGCGUAUUCGCCGAACAAGGAUAAGGGUCCUCGGCCCGAUCUACCGAAGGUUCAAAAGGAUGAGAAGUGGCAGCCGGAAUCGUGGAAGCCCAGAGCGAACGUCAGGAGAGGAAGUUAA